AACCCUCAAAAUAUCUUUAUAAGCAGCACACUCUCCAUUUUGCUCAGUGGCCCUUUUCUCCCCCCAUCAACCCCAAUCAUUUUACCGGCCAACCACUCGCCGGAAGCUCGCACAGGUUCCACGCAGUCCAAGCGCGAGGCCAUGGACCAACCAAUACUCUCCUCUCUCCUCCUCCUCCUCCUCCUCUCCUCCGCCUCCGUUUCCGCAACCCGAUCAUCCUACAUCAUUCACAUGGCGAAGGCCCAAAAGCCGGCGCGAUUUGCAGAGCACUCGAAAUGGUACGGCGAAUCUCUCCGCUCUAUCUCCGAUUCCGCCGAGAUGCUAUACACCUACCAGACCGUCGCCAAUGGGUUCUCGGCCCGUCUCACAGCCGCCGAGGCCCGAGUCCUGGCUCGCCGACCGGGAGUCCUUUCCGUUCUCCCCGAUACCGCUUACCAUCUCCACACCACUCGCACGCCGGAAUUUCUCGGCCUCGAUCGGAGUGACGUCGGCCAUAUACUGGAAUCCAACAGCGCCACUGAUAUCAUCGUCGGUGUGCUCGAUACCGGCGUUUGGCCGGAACGAAACAGCUUCGACGAUGCCGGACUCGGCCCUAUCCCUGGCGGCUGGAAGGGGGAGUGCGUCGAGGGUAAAAACUUCGAUCCUGCUAAAGCCUGCAACCGCAAACUCAUUGGCGCGAGGUUCUACUCCAAAGGGUAUGAGGCAAAUACCGGACCGAUUGACGAGAGUCGGGAGAGCAGAUCCCCGCGCGACGACGACGGCCAUGGCACACACACCUCCACCACCGCUGCCGGCUCCGCCGUGCCCGAGGCCAGCCUUCUCGGCUAUGCUCAGGGAACCGCUCGCGGCAUGUCCACGCGAGCUCGCCUCGCGGUUUAUAAGGUUUGCUGGACCGGGGGAUGUUUCAGCUCCGACAUCCUCGCCGCCAUGGAUGCAGCUGUUGAUGACGGCUGCAAUGUGCUUUCUCUCUCGCUCGGAGGCGGCGCGACGGAUUAUUACCGUGAUAGCAUAGCCAUCGGUGCGUUUAAUGCGAUGGAGAGAGGGGUGCUGGUUUCCUGUUCGGCAGGCAACGGCGGUCCUGCCGCCGGCACUUUGUCAAAUAUAGCGCCGUGGAUUACAACCGUUGGCGCCGGGACGAUCGAUAGGGAUUUUCCGGCAUAUGUUGUGCUAGGCAACGGGAAGAAUUUUACCGGGGUGUCGCUUUACAGCGGGAAGCCGCUUCCGUCUUCUCCGAUCAGCUUCGUCUUCGCUGGCAAUGCGACGAACUCAUCCAAUGGGAAUUUAUGCAUGCCUGGGACUCUCUUGCCGGAGAAAGUCGCCGGAAAAGUGGUUCUGUGCGAGAGAGGCAUCAAUGCUAGGGUUCAGAAGGGAUUGGUUGUGAAAGACGCUGGCGGAGCCGGCAUGGUCCUGGCAAACACGGCUGCCAACGGCGAGGAGCUAGUCGCAGACGCACAUCUUCUUCCGGCUACACUGAUUGGUGAAAAAGCAGGUAACGUAAUCAAGGCUUACGCAAUCUCCGAUCCUAAUCCAACCGCAACCAUUAUCUUCGGUGGGACAAAGGUCGGCGUCCAGCCAUCGCCGGUGGUGGCGGCGUUUUCCUCUCGAGGCCCAAAUACCGUCACACCGGAUAUCCUGAAACCGGAUCUGGUUGCCCCCGGCGUCAACAUCCUCGCUGGAUGGACAGGUGCCGUCGGCCCCACAGGAUUACCGGCUGAUUCCCGGCGAGUGGAAUUCAACAUCGUCUCCGGGACGUCGAUGUCUUGCCCGCACGUCAGUGGUCUCGCAGCACUGCUCAAGGCGGCUCAUCCCGAUUGGAGCCCGGCCGCUAUCAAAUCGGCGCUGAUGACUACCGCUUACGUAGACUACCCCAGCGGUGACGGCAUCCUAGACGUAGCCACCGGAAAACCAGCAACGCCGUUUGAUUACGGUGCCGGCCAUGUAGACCCCCCAAGCGCCAUCGAUCCCGGGCUCGUCUACGACCUCGCCGCUGACGACUACGUUGACUUCCUCUGCGCGCUGAACUACACUUCGAUCCAGAUCGCUGCGAUCGUGAAGAGUCGGAAUUUCUCCUGCGACGACAGUAAGAGCUACGCCGUGUCGAAGCUCAAUUACCCAUCGUUCGCCGUGGUGUUCGAGACGGCAAUCACUGGCACCACCGGUCAGACGACCGACGGAACGACGACGGUGAUACACGAGCGGUCGUUGACGAAUGUGGGGUCGCCGGGGAUUUAUAAGGCGGUGGCGACGGCGAAGGUGGACGGCGGGGAGAUCGACAUAACGGUAGAUCCUACGGAGUUGAAUUUUGCGGAGACGGGGGAGAAGAAGAGCUACACGGUGAAGUUCACGGCGCCGUCACAGCCGUCGGGUUCUUCGGGGUUAGGGAGGUUAUUGUGGUCCGACGGGAAGCACACCGUCGCCAGUCCCAUCGCUUUCUCUUGGAUCUAAGAAGUUUCCCACCAAAAGGAAUAAUAUAAUUAAACAGAUAAAAAAAAUUAAAAACAAAAAUGGGUAAGAAGCAAUUUGUGCCUAAUUUGACUUACGGAGAAUGUGCAAUUUCUAUUCAUGUAGAUUUUAAGAAUUGGUAGUGUAAAUUGUCAUAAAGGGUGUGAGAAUUUUUUUUA